AUGCCGAAAAGAGAAGAAGCAAAUCAAGGAACGAAUGUGAUCUUGGUUGUUCGAGGCUGCCACACCGCUGUCACUACGGUGGUUUCUAAUCGAACAAGUUCUCUCGGUGGUGGGUCGUACUGUGAAUACGAUGCAACUCAUCCGAUGGCGAACAGCAAAGGGGAGCAAGUCUCAGUUAGAGCUCUGUCUGAAUUCUGC